AUGUGUUUGGUGGGUGAGCAGGCCGCGGUAUCAAGAGAGAAAGGGAUGCACUGGAGAGAUAGGAGAGAUGGGAAAUCUCUGAUGUGGAGUAAUGCUGUAACUGGGUGGCUGGGCGCGCUGUCGACGGGCGUGGCGCUGCUGAUGUCGCCGGUGACGGUGGCGCUGUGCCGGCGCAAGUCGACGCGCCUCACCGCCGUGCUGGGCGGGCUCGUCACCGCGCUCGGCUGCCUCUUCACCUCCUUCGCCUCGCAGUUCCACCAGCUCUUCCUCAGCUACGGAACUGUCAUAGGUGUGGGAGUCGGACUGACGAGAGACUGUUCCACUUUGAUGGUGGCGCAGUACUUCAAACGGCGCCGCGAACUCGUCGAAAUCUUCAUUGUGUCUGGCAGUGGGCUGGGAAUUGCUGUCAUGUCAGUAUUUAUCAAGGGCGCCAUCAGUGCCAUCGGCUGGCGGCUGGGGCUCCAGGCUGUGACGGGAGCCGUCUUCCUCACGUUCUUCCUCGGCACGUUCUACCGGUCGGCGUCGCUGUACCACCCGCAGCGCAGGGCCAUCCUCCACCUCAAGAACCAGAAGCGCAAAAUCAAGGACAAGAGCAAGGUGGACGACCGGCCACCGUUCUUUGAUUUCAGCACGCUGCGCAGCAAAACAGUGCGCAUCCUGCUCAUCUCCACCGGAAUCAGCUCCUUUGGCAUCAACACACCCAUCUUCUAUCUCGCGCACCAGGUGGAGGAGGAGGGCCUGGGCGAGACGGCGGUGCUUCUGCAGACGUACCUGGGGCUCGCGUGGGCGCUGGGCUGCGCCGCCUUCGGGCUGCUGGUGGUGCGAGACUCAGUCGAGUGCCGCAUCGCGCGCCAGUACCUCUGCCAGGCCGCCGUCUUCAUCUGCGGGCUGUCCAUUCUGGCGCUGACCACGGUGCGCGGCAGCUACCACGGAUACGUGCUCUUCGCCUGGAUCUACGGCAUCUUCUGCGGCGGCUACCACUACUCGCUCAAGAUGUACACGUACGAGCGCGUUCGGGCACGUAAUUUCGCUCGCACCUGGGGCUUUGUGCAGUGCUCUCAGGCCAUUCCCAUCGCCAUAGGCGUGCCCAUAUCAGGGUACAUCAACGUGGGCUGCGGCAACAAGGCGGGCUACUACUUCAGCUCGUCGUGCGUGCUGGUGGGCAGCCUGACGCUGUUCUUCAUCGACGUGCACCGGCGGCGGCUGGCGCGCCACAAGCACGGCGACGGCUCGCGCCAGCUGUGCCAGGUGGAGGCGUGUCCGCAGCGGCGCCGACCCUCCUUCUCGCACGAGCCGGACAACCCGGCGGGGGCGGCGCCGGGGGCGGCUGCGGGGGCGGCGGCGGCGGGCGGCGAGCUGUUGCUGGGCGGCGGCUCGCUGCUGCUGGCGGCCGCGCACGCCGCCGACAAGCCGGAGCUCACCUGCAUCUCCGAGGAGGGCAUCGCCGACAUGGACCUACCCGACAAUCUGCUCGACGACCUCGACUACAUCGGCGACUGUAUCACCUCCUGCAACAAAGUCGAGAACUACCUGAUGCUCAGCGAGUUCGAGAACAACCUCAUCGCGGAGAUGCCCGUCGCGCUCGAUCGCAAGGGCCGUCGCUGGUCCAUCGCCAGGCAAGGUACACGUCCGGGAGAUGAGGCAAAUGCGUCUCUCACGAUGGAGGAGGCCAACAACGGGAACGGUGCCGCCGUGGAGCCAGCGACGACUCCGCAGCCCGCAAGGGACGUGCCGCCAUUCCGAGGCAGCAGCAAAUGGCGUGUCAUGUCGGGGCCCAAGAGAGUCAUUACUGUUAUCGAUGAAGCUUCCGUCUGAACAUUCGUACGAAAUGUGGAAUCUGACACAGACUAAUAAAACAGCCAGCACUAGAAAGGCAGUGAACGAAACCACUUGCAGCACUUGAGUUGCUGCACUGAAAACGUAUUGAAAUACUAUUGGAAGACAUCAUAUAAAGUUUUCAAAAAAUUGUAUUCUUAUAGUGUGCCCAUUAUUUACAGCGAGAGGUAGACAUCAAUUACUACAAAGGUAGCUUGCUUUUGGAAUAGUGUUAGUGAUAGUGAAAAUCAUUAUCAGAAGUAUAAUAAGAAUUUAAAAUUGUGUUAAACUAAUUAUUAUAAUCGUGUUGUACUGUUUAGUAUUAUAUUUCAAAGCUUUUAAUAUAUUUCCUAAAAUUUGUAUCUUAAAUGUAUUUAUUGGUUUGAGUCCAGGAAACUAAACAGUACACGCUAGUAACUAUCAUGACGUUUAGCGUUUAUGUAAGUACAAUAUGCUGAUAUCUGUGCUGCUGCUUUCAUACAGUGCCUGUUCACAUUUCCUUUUACCAUGGCAGACGCUCAUUUUAAGCUUCUAGGUGUGUAAAUAAAUGUCGCAUAUUAAUUUAAUUGUUUAAUUGUUAUAAGGUUUCGUGUGUGACGACAUGCCAAAUCAUUCUCUAUUUGAUGUUUAGUGUUUUAGUUUCCCCUUACCUCAGGAUGUAUUGGUAGUCAGCAAAUUUUCCAUGACGACACCUGUUUGCGAUUUAACGUGCAGUGCAUUUUGUUAAUGGCUGUAAAUUUAGAAAGUGUAUAUUAUGAAUUAUAUGAAG